ACUGCCGGGCUUCUAGGUCCGGGGACUGCUCGGUUGGGCCCAGAUCCACUGCGAUCCUCCCCGCGGCUGCUUCUGCUGGACUGUUGGUCCUGCCAAGAGAGUGACUUCCUUCGAAAGCUAAGGGCCACCGUACCUUGCCGGCCUUGCUGCUCCGAAACAGCAGCAGACCCUCUUUUCAGUCCUCAGAAAAAAGGAAUCCAUCUUUCCAGAGGAUGGCAGGAAAGAAGGUGUUGAUCGUCUAUGCACACCAAGAGCCCAGGUCUUUCAAUGGAUCCCUGAAGAAAGUGGCGGAGGAGGAGCUCAGCAGGCAGGGCUGCUCGGUCACUGUGUCUGAUUUAUAUGCCAUGAACUUUGAGCCCAGGGCCACAAGGAAAGAUAUCGAUGGUGCCUUCUCUAACCCUGAGCCCUUCAACUAUGCGGUGGAAGCCUAUGAAGCCUACAAGAAGAAGUCUCUGGCCAGAGAUAUACUUGAUGAGCAGAAGAAGGUUCAGGAAGCUGACCUAGUGAUAUUUCAGUUCCCACUGUACUGGCUCAGUGUGCCGGCCAUCCUGAAGGGCUGGAUGGACCGAGUCCUCUGUCAAGGGUUUGCCUUCGAUUUCCCUGGAUUCCAUGACUCUGGUUUCUUCAAGGGUAAGAUGGCACUCCUCUCACUAACCACAGGGGGCACUGCAGAGAUGUUCACCAAGGAUGGCGCCAUUGGAGAUUUUCGGUACUUCCUCUGGCCUCUGCAGCAUGGCGUCUUGCAUUUCUGCGGAUUUAAAGUCCUGGCCCCUCAGAUCAAUUUUGCUCCUGAGUUGGCAGCAGAAGAGGACAGAAAGGGGAUGGUGGCAUCCUGGGCUCAGAGGCUGAAGAAUAUCUGGAUGGAGGAGGCUGUCGACUGUGCACUGUCUUGAUACUUUGGGCAUUCACAUUUUUGUGCCUUGUGUACAAGAUAAGAGCAAUAUAACACAGAUGCAAGCAAAUGUAAUGAGCAGAUGCUGCUACAAUAAAAUUAAAUGACAACAAAA